AUGGUUUGGAAUUUGAGCAAGCCCGUCAUAGCCGCCGUCAACGGUUAUGCCCUGGGCGGAGCCUGCGAGCUCGUCCAAGUUUGCGACGUUAAGAUUGCCUCAGACCGCGCCAUGCUGGGCGAACCGGAAAUCCGCCUGGGCUACGGCGCUCCGUUCCUGAUGACUCCCUACUCAGUCAAUCUGGCCAUGGCCAAAGAGAUGAUGCUCACCGGGGACACGAUCGACGCCUACGAAGCAGCCCGCAUUGGCAUGGUCAACCGCGUCGUGCCCCACGACACCCUCAUGGAUGAAUGCCGGCGAGUCGCCAAUAAAAUGCGCAAUAUCCCGGCCAUCGGCAUCAAAACCACCAAAUUGUCCAUCAAUCGCGCCCUGGAAUCUGCCGGAUUCAUUUCGGCAUUGCACCACAAUCUUGAACUGAUGACCCAGUUCGACACCGCCUCAACCCCCGAACAGGCCGAAUUCAGCCGGGUACGCGCGGAAAGCGGACUGCGGGCCGCCCUGGAAUGGAGCCGCGCCCGUUUUCAGGGCCUUUAG